CCCAGUUCUUAGGGCAGUGGCCCAGUUCCUCGAUAUAGACUAGAGACCACACCAGCAGGCCUAUCGAUGGUGAUCGACGCAGCACCGCAACCCAACAAGGUCCGAUGGGGAGAGCUGGAGGAGGACGACACUGAGGACCUCGAUUUCCUCCUCCCUCCUCCCCAAGUAAUUGGGCCCGACGACAACGGCAUCAAAAAGGUUAUCGAGUACAAGUUCAACGACGAUGGUGACAAGGUCAAGAUCACCACCACAACUCGGGUCCGCAAACUCGCCAAUGCUCGACUCAGUAAGCGAGCCGUGGAGCGCCGUUCAUGGCCUAAAUUCGGUGACGCCAUCCACGAAGAUGUGGGAAGCAGACUCACCAUGGUUUCCACUGAAGAGAUUUUGAUCGAGAGGCCUAGGGCUCAUGGUAGCAAAGCAGAGGAAACCAAUACUGUGGGAGGAGAUUCCCUGGCACAGCUUACAAAAGGAGGUGCUGUACUCAUGGUGUGCAGGACUUGUGGGAAGAAGGGUGAUCACUGGACAUCCAGGUGUCCUUAUAAGGAUCUUGCACCUCAACCUGAAGCCUUCAUUGACAAACCUACUGGAUCAGAUCCCACUGCUGCGGCUUCUGUAACAAAGGGUGCAUAUGUUCCACCAAGCAUGAGAGCUGGUGCUGAUAGAAGCAGUGGUACAGAUAUGAGGCGCAGGAAUGAAGAGAAUGCUGUCCGGGUCAGCAAUCUCUCAGAGGAUACUCAUGAGGCUGACUUGCGUGAGCUAUUUACCCGUUUUGGGCCACUAACCCGUGUUUAUGUUGCCAUUGACCACAAGACUGGUUUGAGCAGAGGUUUUGGGUAUGUCAAUUUUGUCAACAGGGAAGAUGCUGAGAGAGCUAUUAAUAAGCUCAAUGGAUAUGGUUAUGACAGUCUCAUCCUGCAAGUUGAGUGGUCCACACCAAGACCGAACUAGAUAUAUAUUUCUUGUCAUGAAGGGUAGCUCUAGAGAAUUUUGUUAUAGCAGAGGCAGUUGGAAAUCUUGCAGAAAAUGGUUUUCUGUUCAUGUACGAUGGAGGAGACCUGGAAGAAGUAGCAUGUUUAGAUAGGAUGUUUUGUUCUGGUUUCAGCAACUAAAUUGUCUAAUGUGCAAGAGUAAUGCAACGCUUAGGUAAUUUCUAUUAUGGAAAUAUUCUUCCUGGAAUUCUUUCUUUGAA